UGAGAGCUAGCAGCGUAGCUUCAGCUCCUGAUGCUGGUUAUUCACACCUUUUAGCCAAAAUGAAACGAGACGGAAAUACAAGACUGUCUGGGUAGUAAUGCUCGCCACAGGAGGAAGACUCCACUGAGAGGAAGAGGAGGAAAAAAGAAAAGGAAGAAAGAAAAGGACGAGAAACUAAGCAGUCCAACGUGUGGGUGAGCAGGAUUGGUGCUUUCUGCUCUUUGAAGCAUCCAUUGCUGCUAACCCUUUAAAUCCUCGACUCUACAACCAGCAUCUCGACACCCCGUAACUAUGACAACAGGGGGGUGUUGCCACCUGCCCGGCUCUCUGUGUGACUGUGCCAGCAGUACAGGAGUUGGAAAAAGCAUUGAGGAAGCGGGUGGGGAUGGGUGCCAGGCGCUCUACGUCACCCAGGUCACAGCCAUAGAUGGACGGUUGCUGUCAUCCGUACUCAAACCCGUCUGUACACAAAGUGAUGGCCCCAUCUGCCGUAUUUGCCAUGAAGGCGGUAACAGCGAGGGUCUCCUGUCCCCAUGCGACUGCACCGGCACCCUCGGCACAGUGCACAAGAGCUGUUUAGAGAAGUGGUUGUCAUCUUCUAACACCAGCUACUGCGAGCUCUGCCACACUGAGUUCAGCAUUGAGCGCCGACCAAGGCCUCUCACAGAGUGGCUGCGGGACCCCGGUCCUCGUAAUGAGAAGAGGACGCUGUUCUGUGACAUGGUAUGCUUCCUGUUUAUCACCCCCCUGGCAGCCAUUUCAGGCUGGCUCUGCUUGAGUGGCGCUCAAGACCAUCUUCAGCUGGGGAGCUGGCUGCAGGCCGUGGGUCUCAUAGCCCUCACCAUCGCCCUCUUUACCAUCUACGUCCUCUGGACCCUGGUUUCUUUCCGCUAUCACUGUCAACUGUACUCCGAGUGGAGAAGAACAAAUCAAAAAGUACGUCUGCUCAUUCCUGAAGCAAAGGAGUCUAAUUCUUCCCAGCAUUCCUUGCUCUCUACCAAACUGAUGAAGAAGUCUGCCAAUGAGAGUAUAGUAUGAGAUCACAUGAAGAUGAACCAUGAUAACGGUGCCAUUUACUUGUGGGGGAUGAUACUCUGUGCAUUAUGCCUGCUGAAUGGACUUUCAACCAGCACUUGUAGGCAUUUUCUGUCAUGUUUUCCCCCCUUUUUUUCUUUGACUUAUCAGUACAUUUUUCACACAACAUUUUUAAAAAGCACUCCUCCUGUGGGGUGCAGAAAUACGCACAUUUAAAUGGAGUCCAUCAGUCCUCAUGCUGGGUUUUCACCAAGCUAAUGUGAAAGGGACUGAAGAAUGGAAGAGCAUAUGAAGAUGUGCAGAGGACCUACGUGAACAGUCUCAUCGUGUUGGAUGUAUGACGGUAACAUAAGCUAGCAGUGAUAGAAGAAUAAGGGAUGAACAAACUAACCUGUUAAAUGGACUUAAAAUGUAAUGAAUGCUCUGCUUAUUUUGGAUCAGUGGUCCACAGAAGACUGCAGAGUACAGCAGGUUCAUUGAUUGUUCUACUGCAGUGAUGAAGUGUCUAAACUGCUCGAUACAUGUCAUAUCAGGGCACUUAACUACUUGGGCCUUGCAUUCUCUGCACAACAUUGCCCACUGAGGAGCUGAUUCCAUAUUAAUCUGUGAAGGAAAAAUGAGAAGCUUACCUUCAAUUAAUUAACAUUUCACUAUACAGGUGGCAGUUUGCUGUCUGGGAUGACACUAUUGGACCUUGAAGCUCUUAGCCUGUUGGACUUUUUUUUCCUGCACUUAUUUCCACAUCUCAUCCGAGAAUGGGUGGCAGCACAACAUUAGAGAUUGUGCAAUAAAGCACUGUGGGCAUCGAGGUCUUCACCUCUACCGACAUGCACAGUUUCGCAUGCAAGUGCUGUUAAUAUUUCUUUGGUAAAACUUUUUUUUAAAUAGUAGAACCAUUUUUUAAACCACUAAAGAAUGAACAGAUUUACUAUUUACUAUUCCUACUGAGGUAGGGGUUUAACAGUGUCCUCAUGGAGGUUCUUGUAUUAUCAGCACUUAAGAAGUGGGUCUUUAUAUUUAUAUUGAUUGAUAAGAAAGCUUCAUCAAAAUGGUUUUUCGAGGUACAUUUCCACAAGCAUUGUUUGGUGGCUGAUGCAGUGUGAUAAAGCAUCCUUCUGAUGGCCCAUUGAAGUCAUUGAUUUAACAAUUCUCUCCCUCUUCUCUGUACUGUGUUUGUGUAGUUUUCAUGAUCACAUCAGGAAUCAGGGACUAAGAAACUUAGUAGUCAAGUGUAGUUUCUCUGAUGUGAUGGGGGGAAAAAAUCUUCUCCUAGGUGAUUUUCUGUGUUGGUGUUUCUGCCAGACAGGAACUACCAACAAUGACUUUAAUAGUGGAUCCAUUAUGCAAAGGUGAAAGAUCUACCAAGGCCAAAUCUGACUAAAACUUUUAGUCUUUUUCUUUCAAGGAAGCCACAAGAUGCUCAAAUGCUUUCCUCAGUUCAUUUGAUGAAUGUUGUCUUUUUUUGAUGUUACUGAGCAGUCUGGCCCAGUAAGGACUGGCUGUGUUACUUGUUUAGGGGGAGAUUUCACUUGUACAUACAGUAAGUAGGUUGGAGCAGUUUAUAAUCGGUCCACUUAUGGUGGCUCUGAAUAUAUCAGAGCAGAUGUUUUCUGCUUUCCUAACCAA